CGAUAAUCUUAGCCACUCCACACAAAAAGGAGCUCAUCAUUUCUUUCUCUGGAGACUUUUCUUCCACCUACAGUAUCAGUUUUCAACGCGCUUCGUCUUGGAGCCAUGGACGUUUUUUAUACAAGCAAUUUCCUGGGUUGUGAAUAUUCUUUGUCAGAACUUAAUAACCCAUCUUAUUUGAGGAGAAAGCUAAGUUCUUGUUUCACAAAUGAAUAUUUUAAGAUUCUUCAAUAUUUUUCUGCUCAAGUUUUCCAUCAUUAUUACUCUAUGCGCAAUAACCCCACUCUCAGCCCAAAAUUCAAGCGCAGUGAAGGUAGAUGUUGGGGUGAUUCUAGAUUUGAAAACAGAGAGUGGGAAGAUGAGGAAGACAAGCAUGUCACUAGCUCUUGCUGAUUUCUAUGGCAGUGGCAGCCAUAAAACCCAGAUUAUCCCUCACUUCAGAGACUCGAAUACUGAUGAUGUUGCUGCAGCUGCUGCAGGUAAAAGCCAUAGACCUGUUGAAGAAUGUAAAAGUGCAGGCAAUCCUGGGGCCUCAGAUGUCCACACAGGCAAAUUUUGUGAUUGAUAUCGGGAAGAGAGUCAAAGUUCCUAUUCUCUCUCCCGCCACAAACCCUUCACUUUCUCCCAACCAAAGUGAAUACUUCAUCAGAGUCUCACAGAGUUCAUCUGCUCAGGUCAAAGCCAUUGCUGCCAUCGUCAAAGCUUUUGGCUGGCGGGAGGUCGUGUUUGUGUACGAGGACAGUGACUUCGGGAGGGGCAUUCUCCCUCAUUUGACCAACGCCAUGAUGGAAGUCAACGUCUUUGUCCAUUACAGAAGCGUUCUGGCACCUUCGGCAGAUGACGAGCUAGUCCUCAUGGAGCUCUACAAGCUGAUGACGAUGCAAACAAGGGUGUUCAUCGUGCAUCUAUCGCCGGACACAGGAUCCCGCCUUUUUCAGAAGGCGAAUGAUGUCGGAAUGAUGAGUGCAGGCUACGUAUGGAUUCUCACGCACUCAUGCAUGAGUCUUUUGGGGUCCACUGAUCCUACAAUGAUUGAUAACAUGCAAGGAGUUCUGGGGGUGAAGCCGUACGUACAACCAUCCGCUCAGCUGAAAAUCUUCACAAAGAGAUGGAGAAAGAAGUUUUAUGAGGAGAACCCAGCGACGGACGACGAAGAAGAGAUGGUAGACAUUUUCGGGUUGUGGGCAUAUGACAGCAUGACAUUAUUAGCCAUAGCGCUUGAGAGAGUAGAUGCAGCCAAUCAAGGAUUCAAUCAGGUAGUCAGCGGAGGAGAGACUUUAUCUGACAUGGACACUAUAGGGACCUCACUUUUAGGGCCUGUACUCAUAGAAUCGCUCAGAAAUAUCAAAGUCAAAGGGCAAAGUGGUCAAUUCAAUAUUGUCAACGGAGAGUUGCAGCCGUCGGUGUUUCAGAUUGUGAAUGUGGGUGGAACAGAGAGAAGGGUAGGGUUCUGGACAGAAGAGUAUGGGCUCUCCAAGAAGCUGAAGCAUAGUAGUAGUGAUAGCACAAGUGUACAGUACACAGCUAACAUGUAUGAUCUUGGGGUAAUCACCUGGCCAGGUGACUCUGAUAUAGUUCCUAAAGGAUGGGAAAACCCCACAAAUGGGAAAAAGAAGUUGAGGGUUGGAGUUCCUGUUAAAGGAGGGCUUGAACAGUUUGUGAAAGUGACUAAGGAUCCCCAGACAAACAGAGUGACCGUGACAGGUUUCUGUAUUGAUGUUUUUGAGGAAGUUCUCAAGAACUUACCUUAUGCUGUUCCGUUUGACUAUGUACCUUACGGAAUCCCUCACAGCCAAAACCUGCCAGACUAUGAUGAACUUGUCCGCCAGGUUUUUAUUGGGACGUUUGAUGCAGUCGUUGGAGAUGUGACCAUCUUGGCGAACAGGUCCGAUAGGGUUGAAUUCACACUCCCCUAUACAGAAUCUGGGGUGAUAACAGUCGUCCCAGUAAAGCAAGAUAGGAGGAGGAGUGCCUGGAUUUUCUUAAAGCCUUUGAAAACAGAGCUUUGGGUGACAACAGGAGCUUUCUUCAUCUUUAUUGGCUCCGUGAUUUGGGUGCUUGAACAUCGCAUAAACAAAGAGUUUCAAGGUCCUCGUCACAAGCAGAUUGGGAUGAUCUUCUGGUUCUCUUUCUCCACUCUAGUCUUUGCUCAUAGAGAAAAGGUGAUCAGCAAUCUAUCAAGAUUUGUCAUCAUCAUUUGGGUCUUUGUAGUGCUGGUGCUUACCUCAAGUUACACGGCCAGCUUAACGUCCAUGUUAACAGUCCAACAGCUGCAACCAACCAUCUCAAACAUUAAAGAUCUCAUAAAGAACCGAGAAUCUGUAGGAUACCAGGAUGGGUCUUUUGUCAGGGGCCUUUUGAAGUACAUGCAAUUAGACAGCUCAAAAUUUCGGAAUUACAGCUCGUUGGAAGAGUACCAUGAAGCCCUCACCAAAGGAAGCCAAAACGGAGGUGUUGCUGCCAUUGUUGAUGAACUGCCCUACAUGAGACUCUUUCUCGCAAAGUACUGUGGGAAGUACACCAUGGUUGGCCCAACUUACAAGACAGCAGGAUUUGGAUUUGUAACUUCACUAAAAACCCUCAGCUUUUAUAUCUUCAUUUCAUAAGGCUGCGAUUGGAACUCAGAAAAUGGUAGGGAAAGGGAAAAGGAAAAAUGCAAGGGAAAAUAUUUUUUAUGCUAUAUUUGACUUCGGAAAAUUAAAUAUGCCUACAAAUUUUGAAAAUAUUGCAUAGACUUAGAUUUCUCUGACUUUACAUAAUAGAAAUAUAUAACUAAAAAGAGUUUGCACCAAUAUCCAAAAUUGAUCUAUUCAAAUUGGACCAAUUUUUUGAUAAGUCAAGCCACACGAAUAUAAGGUUGACUUUUUAAGAUUUCUCACACUAAAAUAUAAAGAUACACACCAACAUAUAAAGCCUUGAACUACUACUUUGGAUUUUUGUGGCAGGCAUUCCCAAAGGGAUCACCUCUGGUGCCUGAUAUAUCAAGAGCAGUGUUAAGUGUGAUGGAAAGUGACAGUAUGACAAGAAUUAUUGAUAAGUGGUUCAGUAAUGAGACAGAUUGUUCCCAGCAAGAUGGAACUCUACUGGCAUCAGAAUCAGAUAGCCUAUCACUGGAUAGUUUCAAGGGAAUUUUCCUAAUAGCUGGUCUGGCAGCAUUUUCUGCUCUUCUCAUCUUCUUUUUCAACUUCCUCUAUCAGAACAAAGAGAUCUUAGCAUCUGAUGAUGAUUCAACCUGGCAAAAAGUAUGCACAUUAGCUCUAACCUUUUGGAAAGUAAAUAAGGUCGCGCCUGAAGGUAAUGGAAAUUCUGGAGAAGGAAAUGAGAUAAUAGGAUCGCCUAAUGCAGAUCAAGAGAUUAUUUCAGUAACACGAGAUACGGAUGAAGAAAUAUAACAAGCUAUAACUAUCACACCCUGAAAUCAGGCUUACCCAUAAAUGGGGUUCAGAUUGGUUAUAUAUUGAAGUAACCAUAAAUUGACGAAACAAACCAAUGGUUCAAGUGGCUUGUUACAUCCUAAACUUGCUAAUAUCCAUUCAGUUAAGUCGGGUGGGGUGGUUGGAACUGUCUAGGUCGAGUUGGGGUUACAAAAACAAUAAAUAUAGGAAGACUUCCUGUAGAAACUUUAGUCAUGGGUCACAACAAAUGUUUACACUCUGUUCACAACACGUAUAAUCCAUUCAGUGAUAGCACAUUCAUGUGGUGACAGACUUUUCAUGCCAGUUAUCUUCUUCAAGCAAGCUAGUUGUACAGAGAAGUAGAAGUGUAGAACAAAGUGUAAUUUGAUUAAUUUUAUUAUGUUGUACCUGAACCUGUAUAAGAGUUAUCAAUUGAUUAUACGUGUUGCGAACAGAGUGUAAAUUAUAAAUGUUUGUAAAUAAUCAAUUAUGUCACCGAUAACUUCCUUUCCAGGCACUGAAUAGUAUUAUAUCUAUUAUUUC